AUGCACCUUCGCGGAACGAAGAGCUUGGCACAGUCAUGUCAAGAGUUUCAAGAGGACAUUUCAGUCCUUCGGCAUUCCCGUCGAGAAGCUUUAUUAAGACGCAGCCGUCCUGUUACUUUUGAACAAGAGUUUACACCGCCGUCUUCCUAUGCUCAGUUUUACAAGACUUCCACAGAGUGUUUGCUUCAUCCAACUUCAUUACUUCAACAACAACAAAUCAUUCGGAAUUUAAGGUUGUCGAUAGAUAACGAAGGCUACACGCCCCUUUCCGAAAUCUUUGCAUCAGGAAUCCUCCCAACCCUCUUACAAACAUUUUCGAUGACACACGACAGAACCGUCGCUAACGAGGUUGCUUGGUUCUUCAUCAACUUUUGCGAAAAAGGAGGUGAAGGAACGGAAACGGUCUUAUACAAGUUAGGCGCUCUCGCGAUAUUUAGUCAAGCCUCAAAGUCCGUGACCGGCGAUGCGGAGCUCCUCGUCACUAUCUUAUGGGCCCUUGCCAAUAUGAUCUACUUCAACGAUGAUUAUAUAAAGGAAACAGUAUCUGCGGGGGUCCUCAUAUCCAUCCAGACUGGACUUAAGCAAUGUCCCUAUGAUGCCGAUCUCUUGUAUGUCCUUUCCGCCUUUUUGCGCCGCGUUGAUUUGUAUGACGCGCGAUUAGUAGAACCAUUCAAAGAGAAUAUUAUAUUAGCAUUGACGGCUACGGAUGAGAAGGUAGUCAAGAGAGCCCUCUUGUGUUGUCAUUACUUAACACGAUAUAAGAAUACUAUACAAUAUACUAUUAAAUCUUCUUUAUUAAUACGAUGCUUUCAAUUGGCAACUUCUAGUAACAAAACUAUUCGAGAAAGUGCACUUAUAGUCCUGAAGGAUUUGUCUGCAAGUGAGGAGGAUGUUGUGUUCCAAAUGUUUGCGGACAACAACGUCUUCUUGUAUUUGGUGCAACUGUAUGUCGAAAGUGACGAGAAAAUGAAGAAGGUCCUUGCAUUCACCUUCUCAAAUUUGGUGAAUACAAACACUUUGUUCGUCGAGAGGUUCUUGGAGACUAAUAUGAUCGAGUGCUCCAUAGCAACGAUAUUCCAAAACGAGAAUGAAAAGACCGACAUGAGUAAGAAGAGUAAAAGCGAUGAAGAGAUCCUCAUUUUCUUGUUCAAUUGUGUCAUUGCGAUGAAUGCAGUCUUCAUGAACUAUGUCGUCAAAUCCCCACUGUUUCUGGGAAUUUGGAAAUUUGUCGUGUGGGAUUCAAUGGACUGCAAAAUAGCCGCGUUGAAUGCAGCAAGUAAAUUACUCGAAUAUUUCCACGUGUCCGCAAAUGACAUCGAAACCCAAAAUUCUCUUGUCGACCAAUUUAUAGAAAUCGGAUUUGAUAAAAAGUGCGAGGAUCUGAUCGGAGAUGACGACGUGACUGUGGAACAAUACGCUAAUGAUAUUGUCUUGAAAUACUUCUCUUUUAGAGGAGAGCUUUAG